ACAGUUAAAAGAGUGCAUUUACUAGCGCUUCUGUACAAGAUCAGAUUAUUUGCUCGUCAUGUCAAAUACUUCAUAUCAGUGCAUUUUGUUUUUUGAUCUGGGGUUUACAGUCGACAGUGCGUGAGAGCUGAUUUCGUUCAACACUACAAGAAUGAUUCUGGGUGAUCGAUUGGAUGGACGAUUGCAUUAACGUGGAAGGAGAAAAAAAAUGCAGGCUCUGGAUUUCAGUGCUUUCAAUGGAUACUGUUACAGAUUAACAAUGAAGAAAUAAUGGGCUGCGGUCAGCAGAGGAAGGCUAUUACACUGUUGAUGGCAAGAAAAUUAAACAACACACUUAAUAAAAGAAAAGCCCAUCAGUAAAAAGCUAUUUUUAUAUAUACAGUUUGAAUCAAACAACUUCCAUACUGCUUUUUUUCUGCUGUUAUCGUGUAAGUAUUGACACAGAGAGGACUAAUGAUGCAGGAAAAUGUGAGCUCCAGGAUGGACACUCCAACCAAUAUCUCUUUGGUGGGCUCUGGAGAUGCCGUGACCGAGUCCUUGGAGUAUAAGACUGUUUCUGUAUUUCUGGUCCUGCUGGUGUGUGGUGUGGGCAUUGUGGGAAACAUCAUGGUGGUGCUGGUGGUUCUUACCACACGCCACAUGCGAACACCCACCAACUGCUAUUUGGUGAGCCUGGCUGUGGCCGAUCUGAUGGUCCUGGUGGCUGCGGGUCUGCCGAACAUCUCAGAGAGCCUGAUGGCAACCUGGGUGUACGGGCACGCUGGAUGUCUGGGCAUCACCUACUUUCAGUACCUUGGCAUUAAUGCGUCCUCCUGUUCAAUCACGGCAUUCACUGUGGAGAGAUACAUCGCCAUAUGCCACCCAAUGAGGGCGCAGACCGUGUGUACAGUAUCCCGAGCCAAGCGCAUCAUAGCUGUUGUGUGGGUUUUCACCUGUGUUUACUGUAUGCUCUGGCUCUUCCUGGUGGACAUCCAGGUGAAUCCUGACGGCCGAGUGCAGUGCGGAUACCGUGUCUCUCGAGAUCUUUACCUGCCCAUUUACCUGAUCGACUUCACCAUCUUCUAUGUCAUUCCUUUACUCCUGGCCAUCGCUCUUUAUGGUCUCAUUGCCCGAAUCCUGUACCUGAAUCCUCUGCCGCAUCCGCCAGAUUCAGGUACCGUCAUUGCUCCAACUCUUAGAAGAAGCUGCAAAGAACCGGCUGAUGGAGGGAAGGCAAUUCGUCAGGGACGCCCUAAGAGUGCACUUUCUUCUCGGAAACAGGUCACCAAGAUGUUGGCUGUGGUGGUUGUACUUUUCGCCCUGCUCUGGAUGCCCUACAGGACCCUGGUCCUCAUCAACUCCUUCGUCAGCACGCCAUACCUGGAUUCCUGGUUCAUUCUCUUCUGCAGGACCUGCAUUUACGCUAACAGCGCCAUCAACCCUGUCGUUUACAAUCUGAUGUCCCAGAAGUUUCGCUCGGCCUUCCGCGGACUGUACCGCUGCCGUAGGGAAGAUUUGCACCAAAGGACACUCUCAAUGCUCCAGAGCGGAUACAGCCUAGGAAGAGACCCGCGAAUCUGCAGCAACGGCACCAGAGACACUCCUAAGAAAGUCGGUUCAGUCACUCCAGAGCAGAAACAAAACAAGGGCUUUGAGAACAAGGUGGAAAAUACAGACAGACAGAUUAGCGACGGUGUUGAAAAUGAGAUUAAUCCGAGCAUCAAGAAAAAUGCAUGCGCAAAUUGUGACAUAGAUGAAUCGAAAACCUCAGAGAUGCCUACAGUGGAGGACGUGGACAUGAGCAAGAUUAAUGAUAAUGGGAAAAUAAUGGAGGAAAGCGGUAAUAGUGCUCAGGAUAUUAUCGCUGACAUGAGCAACACACAGCAGACACAACGAGUGUCCGGUGAAUUCACAUCUACUCUGGGGGAAGCAGAACAGAAUGAUGCAGAGCUCAGUCACAGUGUUUUAUAGAUCACUCCACUACUGUAUAUAUUACGUUGAAGUGGCGGGGUUGAGCCUGGUUGUUCAUUUAUAAGCCAGAUCUUGAAAUUGGAAACUUGUAUGUACUCACAGGCAUCAUUCUCUCUCUCCAGUGAAGGUGACGAAACACUCUCUUCUCGUGAUUUGCAAGUGGAACCAUUUGGCUGUUAGCACCAGCAUCACAUGCCUCCUCACUUGGGAUGCUUGAUGUGUUCAAAGCAUAAUAUUGUGGUUAUUCAGACAAAACAUUUUAAACUAUAAUUUUGCUCUCCUAUUGCUGCUGCAUAGUAAUGUAGGUGUAUAAGUACUAUUCUAUAUCUAAAUGUAUGAUAUAAACUUCUAAUUAAUAUCAAGGGCGAAAUCAAGGUUCGGGUCCCGACUGGACAAGGAGGCCUGAAUGUGUGGAGUUUGCAUGUUCUACCUAUAUUUGUGUGGGUUUUUUCUGAGUGCUCAGGUUUACCCCACAGUCCAAAGACAUUUAGGGCGUACUCACACCAGGGGAAGACCCAAUGAUCUCAAACUUCCAUUUUGGGCUAUGUGUGAGCGUGCAACGUUGGUGUGUAUUUUGUCAAAAUAGUCGAGAGUCAAGCCUGUUUCACGUGCACGUAUGGAGUGCAGAAACAGUGAGCUGAUGUUUGCCUUUUGCGUCUGCAGCGCACACAGAUCGACAACUGUUGCACAGAUAAAUAUAUUCUUGUCUAUUUUAUCUAGUUAUAGAUCUGUUCUAUUUAUAUUAUAA